AUGGAGAUGAAUACCUUCGACCAGAUAGCGGUGGACAUGGACGACGGAGCGAGAUGGUACCGGGAGAUUUAUGAGAUCUUUGACGUGACACUGGUGCCACCACGUCAGUUCAUCUGUCACGAUUUGGCACCGUACCACGAACCGAAGCCCGAUUCACCUGACCAGGUGUUCGAGUACAAGGACUUCCUGAGCUACCUGGGCGUCCUGCAAACUCUGCCUUUGGACACCUUGUAGCUCCUCGAAAAGCCCCUCUGA